AGGAACCUGGUAAUGAUGAUCAAUGCCUUACCAAAGGGAAACGAGAGCAUUGACGUGGUCUCGAACCCAGGACCUCCUGCUUGAUACCACUGAGCCAUCGCGCCUCCUGAAUGACGGCUCGUAAUGAACAGUAUACCACAAUUUUGCUCAUAUUAAAACAAAAAAUUACUAAGCUAGUUGUAAACUAUUUACAUAGUCAAAAAUACAUUGUUUGCAACUAGAAAUAGGAACUACCUAAAUUUAUUAUUUUACAUAAGCCUACCCAGUUUCAGCAUGUAUACUAACCAAUUAAUUUGCAUUGAUAUCAUUAGACUUACAUAAGUUAUGUUAAUUUGUAAAUUGUGAACAUCGACAAAAUUUCUCGACCUAAUAAUGACAAAUAUUCCUGCCUUUGAUUCAUUUAAUAAUUCUCAUUAUCUUCAUUCCUAAUAAUGAAUGAUGUUUAAUACCUUGAAGUUUCUUGGAGCACCAGUCAACUCGAUAAACCUGUGCCUCCAAAGUAAUAAGAAAAGGAGUCAGUUACAGAUCCGGUCAUUGUUUGUCCAUUGUGAUUAACCCAAACAAAUAAUGUGUCGAUAACGGGUGAUAUACCUCUCAUAAAACUUCAUGAAACGUUACCUCAUACAAGAUGGAUCGUAUGAAUAAUUACGAUAUCUUCUAUACCAUUUAUUUCCACAGAAAAUAUGGAUUUAAAUCAGUAUGCAGAUAAUACAUGCUUUGAGGAAUCAUGCCUUGAUGGACAAGAAACUUUAUGUAGAUGCGAUGAUAUGUGUCAACUCUUUGGUGAUUGCUGUCCAGACUACCCUAUCCCAAUAUCCAGCGGGACUCUGUCAAACGAAAUUCUAUCAAACGAGACCCUGUCAAAUGAGACUCUAUCAAACGAGACUCUAUCAAACGAAACUCUGUCAAAUGAGACUCUUUCAAACGAGACUCUAUCAAACGAGACUCUAUCAAACGAGACUGUAUUAGACAUUGACGUGUGGGAAUGCAUCGUGGAUUCUUUCCUUCCACUAUUCUACCCAUUUCUUGGACAUGGUUACAGGAUGAUUGCUAGGUGCCCAUCAAGAUGGUCUUUAGAGGAGGAUGUCAAACGAAACUGUGAAGAGGUUUCUCCCAAUGCAACUAUAGAUGUUCUUUAUAUUUACCAGGACACGUACUUUAGAAACCUGGAUUGUGCUACUUGCCAUGGGUAUACUGAAAGUUCUUUGACAGCUGUUGUCAUUUCAGCAGACCAAAAAUGUUGGUGGGGAUAUAAUAAUACCCUUGCAUGCAUGACACCAAUGCCCACAUUACAGUCCAACGUUUCGAUGAAUAUCAGCAGAUCUGAUAUCAUGCCUUCGGUUCAAACUAUCCAGAAACCUCGACUUUGCCUCGUAAAUACAACAGGAAGUUGUCCAAACGGGACAAAUGAAGAGAUAGCCCGCGAGUGUCAGUUUUAUUACAAACCAUGCAUCAGUGAAGGUAUUGUAAGUAAGCAUCCUGCAUGCAGUUAUUGCAAUGGAGGCUCCAUGGGAAUAUCCUCACCUUCAGGUUCCGAUGAUUCAUUGCAUUACGAUUAUUACGAUAGCAGCAUGUUAGAUGGAGCGGAUGGAUUAGUAGAUAUUUUCCAAAUGUUGAACGCUCCUAUAGCCGCUCCUAUACAGACAUUUUGUUUAGAAGGAUUUGAAUUGGAUGGCAAUGGUUACUGCGCUCCCUUAUCGUCCGAUUGGCCCGUCUGUCAAUCCAGACAUUUUGGAGUCAAACAAAGUAAAGGGACUGUCGAAUGUUUAGAAGAGAUGGUUUGUUUCAGGGAGGUGACCGUGGAUAACAUUACAACAUCGGCAAAAGUUCCCCCACCUUGUCUAGUUAGGUCAUCAACAGACGAGAUUAAUGAUAUUAUAACAUUCAACUUGCUUUACAGAGAUGACAUGAAUCCAUCUCUUUAUACAAUCCAGAGCGAUAUCAUAAAUCGAAUUAAAAAUCCUAGCCGUGACGGUUGCAAUGACAUAGUAAUAUCAGCUAGUCAGUUCUGUCAUGUCGAAGACAAUCCUGGAAACAUUACAUAUCGUUGUCCCGAGGAAAUGUUUGUUGGAUACUGUUUGGAUUUUACGCCUUUUCUUACCAACAACGAGUCUCUUAUUUUCUUCAAUGGAACUUAUAUUCGUCCAAAAUGGUGGAGUAAUAUCACCAACAUGCAGUUCAGCAGUGACAACGUCUCAUCAGAGUAUCAGUUUGUAAUGUGUGGGACCGAGAUUGCUCUCCAAACCUGCUCUUUCUUCACGGUUUCCAAUGAUUCCAUUGAAUGGGACUAUCAAGGAAACCAGUCUGUUAUUCUGUAUCAAGGUCAGAUGUACGACACAGAGGACAUUCUGAUUCAUCCCGAUGGUUCCAUAAGCAUCUGCUAUAGUGAUCAGGUCACACCCAUUGACAGUAGGACAUUGAUGAUCAUAGGACAUGUUCUCUUUGCCAUAUCAUCUGUUUGUCUCUUUGCUACCUUGAUAACUUACGUUGCCUUCUCUACCUUGCGGAAUCGUCAAGGUGUAUCCAUAAUGAAUUUCAUUGUUGCGUUGUUCCUUGGACAAAUCUUUCUUCAGUACAUGCGUCUUUCAGUCUCCCAGUUUAGAAUUCCUUGUAUAGUUGUUGCUGCAUUAUCCCAUUUCUUCUUCCUUGCUUCGUUUGUUUGGACGACUAUCCUUGCUUGGGACCUGAGUCGAAGCUUCGCAGCAAACAAGAUAAAAUCGUUUUCAUCUAGCUCAUUUGGUCGUAAGAUGGUGGCUUUUCUUGUUAUUGGAUGGGGCACUCCUCUCGUCUUUGUCUCGAUCACUUUGGUACUUCAGUUCGGAAGAUUCCAGAAUGGUCCUUUCUUGGAAUACGACAGUAAUACAUGCUGGCUUACCAAACUUUCUAGCAUAGUAAUGUUCUUUGUUCCAAUGUCUGUAUGUCUUCUAUCCAAUCUCGUAUUUUUUAUCAUCACGGUGCAUGGAGUUCAUUCUACCAAGAAAGCAACAUCGGUGCUAAAAUCUGGCCAGGACUCUCACUUCAAACAAUUGGCUGUUGAGCUCAGAAUAUAUGUCAAGAUCUCAGCUCUUCUUGGAUUCGCCUGGUUAUUUGGGUUCUUAGCUAUGGUCACCAAUGUCCCCUUCAUGGAAUAUCUCUUCAUCAUCGUCAUCAGUCUCCAAGGCGUCUUCAUUUUCAUUUCAUUUGGUACCAACAUUCGAGUGAAGAAACUAUGGCGAACAUUUGUGGAGAACUCAUCUCUCCUGUCUAUGAGUAAAUUCUCGCGAGGUAGUACUGGAGCACACGAUGGACCUAAAAGUGAGAAACAUUAAGCACUAUUAAUGUGUGAAAGAGAUUAAAUUUGCCUCAUAACAAUUUGACACGUUCUUUUAUUUGGUAUCAUUGUUGUGACUGAUGAAGUAAACAAAAUUGUAGGAACUUUGUUGUCUGAAUUCGUAAUAGCGAGUGACUAUUUGGAAGCCUUAUUCAUUAUGUUCGCCGAAACGUUAUGAAAAACAGAUCGGAUAUGCCUAUCUUCGAACUCUGACUUUCUAGUGAAUGCCUUUCUAGCUUUCAAAGUCUCUUCAAAAUUUUCUAGGUUAAGUUGUACUUGAGUCUGAAGCUUCAAAACUUCUGUUAACUGGUUAUAUUUUCUAUAAUGUAUACAAUUUUAUAUGUUGUUAUAGUAUAUUAUAUUUCGUUAUCCUGAAUGCAUACUCCAUGACUACAUUUUCGUUCGAUCUACAUACACAAGUUCCUGAAUUGUUUUAUCCGUGUUGAAAGAAGUCAUUCUUUGAUACAGUGUUAACGCCCCUCUGGCUCUCAGCACAUGAUACCAUGGUAUUGCUAUAUUUAUAUUGCAUGUAACACUGAUCGAAACAAAAUGAUCAUUUUAUAUGACUUCUAUAAAUAAUGUAAUGUUUUGUCGGCUGGCCAUUUGAUCUGUAUGCAUAGUAUUUAUUUGGAUAAAUUUUUAAUGUAUGUCUGGUAUUAUUAUUGUUGUGGGAAUUAUUGUUUUAAAUGUUAUUUACAGUCCGUAUCUCGUUGUUACGUAGAAAAAUUCGUUGAUCUUUUUCAUAAGACAUAAAAGAUACUCUUUUCAUCGAUAACUCCCUGCAUACGAAUACAUACGAAUAUUUGUUCUUUAUGCGUGAAAACAAAAAUUGGGCAGAGUGUGUCAACGUGUUUGAUCUUCCGGAUAUCCACAGUAAGACUGGAAAGGGGUUCUCGUUGGAAUAAAAGGGCCAAACAUUGAGGAAGAGCAACUGUUAAACCACAUUAUACUUAUGAUAAAAUACGUUAUUUUUGUGAACAGUGAAUCUGAUGAUGAACCUCGAUCCAUCCUUCAAGAUGUUUAUUAAAAAUAUAGAAUACUUUAGAAUAAAAAAGAAGAAAUAAAAAUAGAGUUACCUUUGUGACGGUGCCGCAUGGGUGUUUGCGAGUGGGUGGGUGAGUGUGUGUGGGCAUUUGCGUGUAAAGGUUUGGGUGUGUGUAUGUAUGCGUGUGUAAGUUAUUAUGUGGGAGGGGAAAGACACAUGUAUAGUUAGUUUGAAGACAUGGGUUGUUUUCCUAUUUUUC